AACUUGUAUUAAAAUGUUUUGAACUUUAAAUAAAGUUUGUUUGAAAAAAAUAGUGUCAAUUAAAACUUUAAAUAGAAAACUGAAAUUGUUUAUUCGAGCUGUUUUGUUUACUCCUUCUACCUGAUGGUGGCACCAACUCCCCGUAAAACAAAAACAAAUCCAUAGAAACCAAAGCGCUGCUAUCGAGGUGAAUAAAAUCUACAAGGUAUAGCCAAUGACGUCUUCAACAGGGAGCCCGUGAGUACUGUACGCAUGCGCAUUUAGAAACUUCAAUGUUACGGUUGGCAUCUCUUGCGCAUGCGUAAAACUCGGAAUGACCACCAUGGCCAAUCCUUAAAAAAUUUCUGGGCUACAUCGAAACAAUGACCAGCCCCUUUUUAACGAGGAUUUCAGCACAGCCGUCGUUACAUUACGUGUAAUCAAGAUUACUAACUCGGGUUGUGAUACUUUUUUCGUAUUUUAACCGCCUGUUGCUGCAAACACCGCGUCCGAAAUGGACCUCAGUGAGAUCAGCGGAGAGGCUAAAUCGGCCAUUAAUAGUUGGCGUUAUCGCCACCAUUUCACGUACAAGGCAGAUCAGGGGAAAAAUAUCAUCGUCCAAUGUAAUCUGUGUCUGCCGAGGGUUAAUCUGCUGUCCACGUCGAAAACCUCCACGUCAAACCUAAAGAAACAUUUAGACAGGACACACUUGGGCUGUGAAGCCUGGCCUGACGCCAAGAGAGGAAGGAAGAAAGAGGAGUACAAUGGCGAGGAAAGCAGACACUGUCAACUCAAAAAACUCAAAGCUGAGAUCAUCUCCAAAUGCCUGACGCAGUCAAAAAUAGACGAUCUCAUCUUCAGCUUCAUGGUGGAGGACUGUCAGCCGUUCUACAUGCUGGAGCAGCCCGGUUUUAAGAAACUCAUCUCCAGCUUGACCGAAGGGCUUAACGUCAUGGAUAGGGUGACCCUGUUCACCAGGGUGGACCAGGCUUUCUCCAAGAUGCGGGAAGAGCUGACAGCCAAACUCAGCAACAUCCAGUACGUGUGCACCACAGCGGACAUCUGGACAGCCGGCACCAGAAGCUUCUUCGGGAUGACGUGUCACUGGAUUGACACGGAGUCUCUGGAGAGGAAGUCUGCUGCUCUUGGGUUUACGCGGCUUCAGGGCAGGAUCACGUACGACACCAUCGCCGGACAGAUACACAGCACUCACAUAGCGUACAACAUCGAAAGUAAAGUCCAGACCACAGUCACCGAUAACGGCAGCCCCUUCGUUGGUGUCUUUAGUGAGUUUGCAGUGGACAGCCCGGAGAGUGAGAGUGACAUUGGGUUCUACGAGAACGUGAGCACGGUUUUGGAAGGUGAGCCGGACCAGGGCGUGCUUCUGUUUCAGCCCCCUGUGCAGCGCUGUGCGUCACACAACUUGGAGCAGAUCAUCUCUGAGGACUUUUGGCAGGCCAUCUCUCAGGGGCCCAUGUGCCAGCUGCACUAUAGCUCCAUGGCUAAGGUGUUUAGCAUCUGGAACAAGAGCCACCUUCUCCAGGUCGGAGUUGAUGCAGCAGAGGAGAUCGGAAAGAUGGCCCUCAUCGUCCCGGCCGUCAUUCGUUGGAAUGUGGAGUACUGUGCUGUACAGAAGAUCGUCUCUCUCAGCGAGCGGGAGCUGACGGAGCUCUGCGCCCGCCUGGAGGUGGCACGCCUGCAGCCAGAGGAGAUGGCCUUCCUGAAGGAAUACGUAGCUGUGUUCCAUCCGCUCGCAUUUGCUUUGGAACUUUUCCAGGCAGAGCAAAAGUGCUACCUGGGGCUGGUCAUCCCAACCGUUCUCAGUCUGAAGAACAAGUUGAAUGAGCAGAAGGACGCAGCAAACUACUUUGGCGACGUCAUCAACAGCAUCGUGAUGGCCAUCGACGUACGGUUCCAGGAGUUUUUCUCCAGCAUGGAAGCAAAGAUCGCGACAGCGACGACUCCACAGUUCCGCCUUUGGUGGAUGGCGGCGUCUGAGAGGGAGGAGAUGUGCUCCCUGAUGGCCACCGAGGCGUCCCAGAUAGAUCCCAGCGAGGUGACUCCGGCCAACCCCACCCGCAAUCUGUCCACCAUCAAGUCUGAGGACGACUUCUUCAGCUACGGGUCUGCAAAGACCACCACUCAGAACCAGCAGCGGGGAGUGAUGGAGGAGAUCCGCAAGUACGUGGAGGGGACCGGGAAGAGCCUGGAGUGCCUGCAGGAUUUUCCCAGAGUGAAGCAGCUCUUCCUGAAAUACAACACCACGCUGCCGUCCACGGCUCCCGUCCAGCGUCUCUUCAGCGAAAAAGGCAACCUGAUCUCCUCGCAGAGAAACGUUCUCACUGAUGAUUACUUUGAACGCAUUCAGAUUUUGAGAUACAACAGGAGCGUGUGCUCUUUGAUACCGGAGUGACCUAACUCUGUUGGACCGUAACGCAGAACUAAACCAGAAUUACAAACAAAACUUAUUUCAGGCACUUUGGCCCAGAUUUGUUAUCAGAUGGUUCUGUUUCGAUUUGCAGAACGAAGAUUUUUGACAAUCUCGGACCCUGACAUCUGACUUACCGUAUGCCCCCACUUGUGUUGUGAGGUUCAGCAGUUAUGCUUUUUUUCUACAACUUCUAACUUAAAAAAAUGCAUCUUUUGUGUUUUUCAUAUAUAAAAAAUCUGAAAAUC